GCGCACAUGACGUGGAGAAGGCCGUUAAGAUGUCGUGUGUCCCUCGCCCGGACAAGUCCAGCCGACAACAUCCACAAACCUGGACCGCGAUGCUGAGACAAUGUCUCGAUUCACACUCACACUUCUGGCGGCAACAUGGGCUCUGCUGCUAUUGCUGAUCCCCGAAGCACAUGCGUGGCCGACGCCAUCGUCUUCAUGGGUGCCGAGCAUCAAAACCCACCGGCGCCAGCAGCGUUCCUGCCACGCCGAGCGCAACUUUAGGACUGUCUCGAGCAUCUACAACCUGACUGUCUAUCCCAACCAGCUCCCCAUCUUCCAGGCCGGCGGCGCGGGCGUCCCCAAGGGCCUCUUCAACCAGAAUGUUCGGGGCAGAGUCGAUCCCGUCGGCAACUUUACGAACUUUGAGGACUCGAUCGAGUACUUUUUCGCGUUGUCUCCGCUGCCGGCGGGGAACCCGGCCAAGGCGGCCAUCACGGGCUACCAAAUCACCGAGUUCAGCUCGCAGUGUAAGGAGGUCGCCGCGUCGGUCGUCUAUCUGUACUGCAGCGUCUGGAACCCGGGCUGCGCCGACCACGGGAAGCCGCUGCCCCCGCUGAAGCAGGUGGCCUUCUGGCGGUUCGACAAGAAGGGGGCUGUGCUCAACUACGAUGCGUGGAUCCCCAAUCUCAACAGCUGGGUCGCGCAGACCACCGCCUCGAACGCCACCCAGGCCGAAGCCCGCGCCGGUACCAUCUAUCAGAUCUGCGCCGCCACGCAGAUGCGGUGCACGGGCGCCAACGCGCAGUGGAGCAGUGUGGAGGAGUGCGUGACGACGCUGUCGACGAAGCCGUACGGCAAUUACGACGAGGCGUGGGGCGACAACAUCGUCUGCCGGAGCAUUCACGUUGUGCUUACCCAAGUGCGACCUGACCACCACUGUCCGCAUGUCGGGCCCACGGGAGGUGGGAAGUGCGUGAACGUCCCGUACCCCGAGAACUUCUUCUCGGACGAGACUUUGUACGAGCAGCCAACGGGCGAGACGUUUAUGUGCGACUGAUGAUCUGGAUACCGAUACGAUAAUACUUAAUUAAUGUGUAGAUAGAACGGCGGGGGCGGCGGCUACUCUGAGUUUGCAAAGUACUAGUAUUUAGAUAGAGCUUACGAAGUCAAUGAGGACAUGACGAGAUGACGUUAGAGUGUAGUAUCUUAGCAUCAACGAAGCUAUCAUCCCG